AUGGUCCCUGUUCACGCAGGCGGCUGGCCAUUAAUCAAGUUGCCCGGAAACCACAACGACUUGCCUCUGAGCCCCACACACCAGCACGUAGGGUUUGGACGGCUUCAUUCCCAGUCUCUUUCCGUCCGGUGUUGGGGAGUUCCAGCCGAUGACCGGAUAGUCCAGGGCUCAGAGCUGAGCACACUGACAUUUGGAACCCCAGCGUCAGCUCAGCAGUGCCGUAUCCGGGCGAUCUCCGCUGCGGUCGGUGGUAGUGCGACCCGGGAGACUGCGCAGAAAAUCCUUGCGCAGGGUCUGGAGAGCGGUGGGCACAGCAGGGUCUGCCGAGGGCGUGGCAAGCAGGGAGAGGAAACGGAAGAUGGGCUGGUACCGGGGCUGACCCUCGCGAGUCCCGGCCGCGCGCCCACGUCCUCCCAAGGAACGCGACUAGGAAUCUGCACUGGGGAAGAUGAAGUUGGUAAAGACACAUUCUCCAGAACCAUCCAGCCGUGGGCUUCACUCCCUCCCCUCGGCUCCAUUCCCAGGACUAAGGGUCUCUCCUCUGACCUGGGAUUGGUCCUGCUCUCACCAUUCCGUGACGACCUUCCAGCGAGUCCAUCCUACCGCGCAGGCGCAUCACCCAGUUACGUUGGCGCGGCCGUAGGUUGGCGCGGCCGCGCGCCGUCCGGAACAGUUCAGCAGACGUUUGUUUGUGUCUGUUGGCUUUUCCCGGGUUUCUUUUCCUUCUUCCACUCAGUGAGCAACACGAGCCCAGAGAAGCAGGUCGGACGCGCCCGACGUGUCUCCAGUUUGCUCUGCGCUUCAGUCCCAAGUGACCGGGCACUGAUCCCGAGGCCGGGUGGACGGGCAGCUGUGAGCAGGUCCUGUUGUGGACUUGAUGUUGUUAUUAUCAGACCAAGCAAUAUAAAUAAAUGUGUUAACAGAGGGGAUUUUCGGAUGAUGGUUCGCGGGGAUAAGAGCCUUGGGGUUCGGUCUGCAGUUCGGUCCCCAGCACCCACGAUGGAGACAGCUCAAACGACCUCGCCGGGCACCGGCGCUCAGAUGCACGAAUAA